GGGGCGAUGUCUUGCGCUCAGCUCACUGCCUCUGCGGCUCUGCCUCCCGCCCACACGGACAACCUGUGGCGCCAACGAGUGAGCCGCGAGAGCGUGAGGAACGCAACGAAGCAGUCACACUGAGUAGUGGUGGUAGGAUGGCGCUAUCCACCCCGGCUGCCGUGGUGCUGGAGCUGAUGACGAUGGGGCAGAAGUCGGCCGCGCACCUCGGGGACCUGCUCCGGGCCGCGUCCCCGGCGUCGCCGCAGGGAGGCGAGCAGCACCAGGAGCUCGCCGCGGAGAUCCUCCGCUGCUGCGGCCGCGUGAUCGACGCGCUGAGGGCCACGGGCGCCAGGGGCCAGAAGAGGAAGGCGGUGGAGUAUGAUGACGUCGCAGCAGGUUGUUCUCCUCCUGCGAUGCCGCCGAAAAGAAGGGCGCGCGGCGCAGUGGCGCUCCGAGAGGUGAAGAGCGGCACGACGGUGGACGGGUUCAUCUGGAGGAAGUACGGGCAGAAGGAAAUCAACGGCCGCAAGCACCCGAGGCUCUACUACCGCUGCGCGUACAGACACCAGGGGUGCACCGCGACCCGGCGGGUGCAGCGGUCGCAGGAGGAGCCCGCGGCGUACGAGAUCCACUACUACGGGGAGCACACGUGCAGAGGCGCAGCCGCGUGCCAGGGAGCCGCGCCACCGCCCGCCGUCGUCGACUUCGGCUCCAACGCCUGGGGUUGGGGAGGCGCGCCUGCUGCCUCCGAGCCGCGGUGGUCCUGGGACGGCGAGAUGUCGCACUCGCAGUCACAGGGAUGGUCGUCGUCGGCGUCGUCGGAGGUGGAGUUUGAGGUGCACACGCUCGAAACGGCCAGAGUUGAGGAGCCAAGCGCGACGCCUUGCUACGCUUCUCCGGUGCUGGAGUUCUUGGACGGCUGCUUCGACUGGGAAUCUGUCAUCAACGACCCCCUUAAUUUCGAUUUCGGUGAUCUCCAUCACGUUGCUACGUUUCAGUAGGCAAUAGCAUUGCAGCUCAGGAACUCAUCUGGGCAGGGCAGUAGUUUUGGAUGUGUGUAGUCGCCGUCGCAGCUUCACGCCCGCUCGACCCGGUAGUAAGGCGUGGCAACCUACUAGGGUCACAGAGGCUCUGCCCCAAGAGCAGACCAAUUACUCGUAGUUUCUUGUAAUAUUUCGUUUCAGCAGAGGAAUGUUUGAGCUUGAACAUGUUG